UGGCCCACACCAAAAAUGGGCUAGCCCGACCUGACCCGUAAAAUGUCAAAGCCUGUAUGGGUUAGCCCGGAUGAGAUGGGCUAGCCCAUAUUGACAGCUCUACAUGGCACGUUGUCGUUUUGGUAUUGCCGGGAAUUUCUUCGGUUUGAUGGCAGCUGCUAAGUCCAAAUCAUGGAAGAGACAAUUUAAUUUGUAUAUGUUAAGCAGUGCAGUGAUGAACAAGAAAGGUCUCGCCAUUCUUAUGCGAACCAAAAUGCGACCUCUUUCACCUACCUUUGCCUUUGUAAUUCGUAUUUCCUUCUUUUAUAAGCAGAGCAAGAGCAAAUUGAAUAAAAUGCAAACCUCUCCACUGGAAGGUGAUAAAGUUUCUUCUCAUGAUGUUUCACUUCUUCCAGAAAGAGAGUUUAGCCAAGUAUGGGAGUCAAUUCACUCAGUCAUGUCGACGAACAAGACAGAAAUUGUGAAUGUUGCUCUGGAUGAAUUUUCAGAGGGAUACCUUCUCUUUUCCCCAGAAAAUCGUUAUAAGAUGCUUCUUUCACUAGCCAAAGAGUAUGAUCUCAAUUGGACCCAAGUUCGCGAGUUAAUGAAGCAGCAUCUUGAUCUUCAGCUCCCAAAUGGUAAAGGAUCAUUAUCAGCUGUCUACAGGAUUGAGCGGAAUUUGAGGCAGGCUCUCAAGCCUAUGUAUGAAGUUCUUUUUUAGUGUCUCAAUACACAUCCUGGGGGAUUGAAAUUCAUGUCUGAUAUUCGAGCUAAUAUUGUUCAUCUUCUCGAGUAAGACGUAAAUCUAGCAUCUCUGCGAGCAUUGUAUUCCUACCUAAAGGAGAAACUGAUUCCAUGGCUUAGUCCUGCUCAUUUGGAGCUUCACAACAUUACAUGGGAUGGUCCUGCAUCUUUGUUGGAAAAAAUUGUUGCGUAUGAGGCUGUGCAUCCAAUAAGCAAUCUUAUAGAUCUGAAAAAAAGGCUAGGAAUAGGUCGUCGCUGCUUUGAGUACUUCUAUCCAGCAAUACCUGGUGAAUCACUUAUUUUUAUUGAAGUUGCACUUGUGAAGGAUGUGGCAGCAUCCAUACAAGAGGUCUUAUGGGAUAAUCCUCCAAUUUCUGAACAUGAGGCUUCUUGUGCUAUCUUUUACUCUAUUUCAUCAACUCAACCUGGCUUAUCAGCAGUCAACCUAGGGAAGUUUCUAAUCAAACGUGUGGUUGAUGUUGUGAAAAAAGAUAUGCCCAAUAUCUGUUCUGACUUAGGAAGCAGUGGUAUUGAAGUGAUGUGGAAUGUAUUGACAUCAAAAAAUCAUGAAUGGACCAAUUCACCUAAUGUGGUAUCUGCGUUGAGAGCUAUGAUGCGACUUUGUGGCAGGUACCUUAUGAAAGAAAAAGAGAGAGGAAAAGCUCUAGAUUCGGUUGCAAAUUUCCACUUACAAAAUGGAGCAGUAUGUCAAGCUAUCCACAUUCUGCAUACUCAGUUAUUACUUUGUUUUAUUUUUCAGUUAUCAAUUGGAAGGCUAAACUGGAUGGCUGAUCGGUCACAAAAGGGUCUUACUCAAAGUGCAGGCAUAAUGGUAAUACUGUUAUCCUGCAUUUUUACACCCGAUUAACAAUUUAAAGUUGAAUAAUUUUCUUCUUCCAGGUUGACGAAGGGUUUUAUCCACAUCACAUAUU